AUGUCGAGCUGUGCUCGCCCUCCAUUGAUAUUUGAUGUCCAGAUCGUACGUUCUGUUAUUAUUUACUGUUUAAAUUGGUAUACGGAACUUUUCACUCUUAUUUCUUAGUUUUCGAGAGAUAUUUGUAUUUCGUGCUGGUUACGAAUCCAGUGAUAAUGUGCCGACACGAAGCCAUGUUGUCCAUGCCCUAUGAAAUGUAUAACUAGCAUUUUAGUAUUCCAGAUGCUAGCCCGGUCGUAGACUAGUCUUGAAGUUGGCUGAAUCUUCUAGACAAUCUCUUCGCGCAGCAUUUCUCCCGUGUGACUGGCAUCACACACGCGCCGCCAGCCAGUUAGAUUACUGGCCCUCCACUGGCCCGCAAAUCGAAACGGACCAGCAAAUUUCUAACUCUGGGGCCUAAAUGCUAUCAAAGUCGGCUUGCUCUAACAUUUUGUAAGUAGGAGUACCCAUCCCCCAUCUGUAGCAUAACUAUCGCGUCAUUUAGUGCUGCUUCGAAUGUAUUAAUCCCUGCAAUAAUUUCUAGUGGCGUUGACCGAGGACUGUCCGUGGGGCUUCGUACAGAGCACGUGUGCCUGGAUAGACUUAUUGUGAUAAUUAUCUGGAUUCGCUACUCGACGGCGACGACUCACCUAUCCAUGUUUUGUCUGAUUUCUGUUGCGUUUCGCGUCAAUAGUGAACUGAACGGCCAUCCCGUCCUCAGACAUCCUACCUUGCGGCGAUAGGGAACGCAGAAAAGACUGGAUCUCGUAUUGUUUGUAAGCAGGACAACAUGUCAUAGAGUGGCUUCGAGUUGCUGCCCUAUUCAUUUACUGAUGCGAUAGCAGGCUAAAAUGAGCGUUAGCAGAUACUUUUUCGCUUUAGCCAACUUACGGUAGUCGCCGAAGUUCGACCGUCAAGUCCCGCCCAGAAGGCCAAUAGAUGGGUUGUUUGUUUGCUUGCAAGAUUUGGGCCUAAUUGGGGCUCGGAUUUGUCUGUGUUCACAUCUAUAACCCGACAAUAUGUACAGAAAGGAUAGGACGAUUCCAGAUGUCGUCAUAACUGUAAUAAUCCUUUACCGGGAUCUAGCCUCUAAACGGAAGUUUUUUGGCUGUAAGACUUGCGGUGAAGGGUUGCCAUGAUGUCGUGCACGUGCGAGGUGUUGACAGAGUUCUCGUGUGGCGAUGUAAUCUUUUUAAAUCCUGAAUAGUAAAGCUAGCAAUUUCACUGACUGAAGGGCACUGUCGUUUAUCGCACAUAGAACUAAACUUGGCUUCAGCGUCAUAUUAAGAACACUUUCACCUUAAUUUCCUAAACUCCCUUCUAAUUUUCCCCAUCAUUUCAAAAGGUUGGUAUCUAACAUGCGGUGACAAAUUCCAGCUAACACCCCAUGUAAUAAGAACAUUAGGUGUCUGGUGACCAAAUACCGCUAGAUCGCCCCCACUAAACUGAGAAAUUCUCCGCGUAUACGUUCUCCUUGUUUCACCAAGUCCAACUGUUAAGCCGCAAUCAUCGUAGUUCCCUUGAUAACAAAUGAUACAUAUUCGAGUGAAAUAGAUUAGGUCUCUUAAAUGGGGAAGAGAACGAAACUACCCUUUAUCUAACGGUGACCUUUCACAGAACACCACCGACUUGCCAGUAAACGUCAGGGCAGCCAGGGGAAUGACGCUCCCCAUCUUAAACUCCAAUUCUUUUUAUGCCCUCAAUUGUCUGGGGUAGUCGCACAGUGUCUUCUAACUUUAUGUACGUCAAUGUCUCUUCAGUGUUUUAAGUGGGAAAAAUAACCCUCAUAACUUCUCUGAUUCUGUGUUCUGAAUAGUACCUUGCUUUUCAUACGUACGCUUUGAAGUUUAGUCUUAUUUUUGUCAGUGCUUUAUGUUUUGCCUGCAGCUCCGCCAUUCAUGGUUGUACACGAUGCGGGAUACCGUUCUCUUUGGCGCUCCCUUCCUUAUAUAUAACGAAAACGUGUCAGAGCUUUACCUGCCUAUAUUACCAGUCGCUGUGCUACUGCCUAGGGGGAUCUAGAUAAAACCCCAAAGCACAACAGAAGGAGUGUAUUCUGUAACCCGAUCGGUGAAUGCACUUCCAGCAUAGUAAAUAUUCCCGACCGCAACCGACGAGCGAUCCAGGAUCCAGUCAUUUUUCGGCUUAUCUUGCUUCCGGUGUGGGCAAUUAUCAUGGCGGCUACGAAGUUAAACUCAUGACCCGUGUCGAAGAUGUGGGCGACCAUUUACGAUAAUUUUUCCCCUAGUCGUACAGUCAGCUUAUGUUCGUGAAUGCGCUAUCAGAGCAUGUGUCCACUCUAACCGGUGUGUUUUCAAGGACAGUUUAGGCACGAGAUGCAAUACACUACCUCAGACUGCUUCUUAAGUCCGAUCGGCCUUGAUUUUCAUUAUCCUGCUGCGCAUGAUAAGUUUAGGUCGCCGUGCUGUGGGACUGCGCGUUAGAAUUACGCACCGGCUGUUGCUAGUUUUCUUACCGCUGUCAUCUCUGAUGAUGGACUCCUGGAGGGUUCAGCCAGUCUUCUCUCUCUCACACAUACCUGAAGCUCGAACAUUUUCCACCAUUCGGUAGUAUUUAUUGUCGAACUAACAGUAAUUUUGGAGGCAGAGACUGAGCAUUUCUAAAAUAUGCUGCGUUUGGAUGCCAAUAAGAUCGUUGCGCAAGUGCUGAGCUGCCAAACCAUGAAAAAAGUGGGCCAACGACGUUAAAAAAACUUUAUUAACACCCUUUGUCCUUUGGAUGAAUGCGUGAGGGUAGUGUAGUCCAUCCAUUAGCUGCUUCAUGUGAAUUUGCAAGUGCUUAGUUAUGUUAAAAGUAGGUGAUUAGAUGAGUGGCAGUAUCUUGCUCUGUGGUACAUUUUGUGGGAGGGAGAACUGCGCACAGGUAUUACUGGGAGUCAGCAACGUAGGGUCGUUGGGACGCAUGUGUUAUGUUGAGCAGUCUUAUCUAACUUCUCCUUGGGGGUCGACUCAACACCUAGCUCAGCACAGUUCGUCAAGUUAUGGAGGCGGUUCUUGGAUCUUCGGUAUUCGGUCUCUGUCGUUGGCGAACAGAAUGGGUUGAACUGUUCAGAUCUGCGGCCGCAGAUCGUCACACGUGAAGAGGUACUGUUCAGGGCAUCACCAAGGCCGACUAGACCAGGCAUGGUUGCAACUGUACCAAGUACAAGUCGCGGCCGGCCUUCUAGCUGGAUUUUCGGAGUGGGGUGAAAGCUUUCCUGUUAUUGAAUUCUUAUUUUAUAUUGUUGGCGUCCAUGAAGACGGUUGUGUCAUCUGCGACAUAUACUACAACCAUUCCGUGAUCGAAAUCCAGAGAUCGGAACCUUUGAUCCUUCUCUGUUAGUGGGCUUUUCUGACACCAGUUUCGUCGGAGACCAGUGAAAACCUGCCUAUGUCAAUGCACAUAUAUUCGGGAAGGGCAGGGGUCAGUUUAGCGGACCCAAAACCACCCCGGGAACCCGUACGAUAGGAGAGGGGAUCAUUUUAUGGGCUAUGCGUUUGGAAAUUUCGCUUGAACCGAUCAUAAAGAGUGGAUGCAAGCAUGCAGUUCAGUUAAAAAUCAGACACCGCUGAGACUUAACUUUAGCCACCUUAUUGCUAUCGCAGCACUUAGUAAGAUGGUGGCAGAUCAAUAUGCCUGUCGACUGAGUCAUUGGUUGAAUGCCACGCUUCCUGCAGUGAGCGUGCGAUCCAGUUAUUUGAUUAGUAUUGGACUUCCAAGAGGCUGAAAACGGAAUCAUGUCCUAGAAAAGCUGAGCAAGCGACCGCCAGAAACCGUCUACUUUUGUCAGCAGUACGCGUCACCAUUGUAGGCUUUAUCGCUAUUAUAUCCAAUCUGAUAGGUAGUGUCAUAUUUUUGACGGAAUGACACGGAAUCUUUUGCAUGUGUGAACUGUAGCUAAUUGUCGCCUCCUAACUGCAAUCCACUCAAGUCCCCUGCUCGGCCACUAGGUUGGAAAGUUAUUAUGAUACACCAACAGCAUAUUGCACAUCACCCUAUCACUUCUCGCGUCUCAGACAAUCCCACUGACGUAUUCAUUGGCCGUGAAGAGAUUUUAGAGGCAUCGUUCUGCGCCUCGCUCUAGCACUCAUCAACAUAGCAUGAGGGCGUUUAUAUGAAGCUAGGUCUAUAUACACUGCGGUGGUUGCUGUAAAAGCGUUGAACACGAUGAGAUUUGUCGCCUUCCUGUUUUGAGUCCCUCAUUACUUUUUCCGCGGACCGCACAUCCAGCAGGCCUUCAAGACAGCUGCCAUAUAAAACCCGACUAGAUCACACAUAGUUGCUUCUCCUCUGCGGUUAGCACACCGAGCCUUUGGAGUUUUCUUUUACUGAGAGCAAAUGAGGUCUGCAUCAUCAGGCUGAACUGAAGUGGUGCAUGAUAUUCUAACCUUCACCUGAUGUGGUUGCGGAGGCUUUAUCAGUGCCUUCGCUGUCGGCUGUUCGCAUUGCUGUAAAAGUGUAAAGUUACGGAAAUCGUCUUUUUGAAAUUUUUGAGGAAAUCAGCAACGGUGUUUUACAUGGCGCGUGCUUUUCCUGCUCUAAUACAUUUGGUAUUUGCAACUAUCUACAGGCAAAAACGCUUGCUACGGAGGAACACGCACCUAAACGGGACAUGAAUAAAGACGACGUAAUUCUCUGUAUUCUCUGUGGCUAAUCUACAUCGGUUUUAGGCUAUCGACUCGAUACGGCCGAAUCAAUCUGUAAGAUUUAAUUUAGGCCUACUAUUACCGUCAGGAAGUAUUUCCGAAAAACGAACCCGAAUCCAAUGAAAACGGCUGGGCAACCAGCGGCGAUGAUAGGCAGCCGUCACCAUCUUCAGAAUCGCCAUCUUUUUCAAAUAUAACUGAGUUUAUAAACCAUCCAUCCGCGGCUUUGUCAAACCUGCCAAAAGGAGAAUCAAAUACAUCAAACAGUUUAUCAGUUUCCGUCGGACCAUCUAGUACAGGAGCGCCUAUGGAGGUUGAAGCUGCAGGUUUGUUUCCUAUGCAUUCAUGGUCUAUAUUUUUGGAUAGGAAUCCAGUACACCCAUUGCAAGGCUGAAGAACCUGCUUGCAAGAAGUCUGCCGAAGACCCUGUGGACAAUCUCCAUUUAUGUGAGUGA